AUGAGGUUCUACUCGGGCAAGAUCCGCGCCAAACCCUUGUGGUGGGAGAAGAUCAACGAUUCCACCAUCGCCGCCAAGUGGCAGGCGGAGAUGGUCGAGCACGAUCGCGUCACGCACGACGGGUUGUGGGGAGGCGAGCGCCGCUUCGACUUGGAUGACGAAACAGGAAGCGCGAAGAAAUGGCCACGCGACCCCCUUACGGACGACGAGAUCGAGUACAUCUUUGACGAGCUUGUCUACGAAGCUUCCAUGCGCGACCCCGCCACCGGGAUAUUCGCGAGUGCUAUCAAGAAGGCGUACGAGUCGCAGUCGCUCAUCGACGGCGCUCUCAAAGCCCAGCUCGUGGAGGUGGCUUCUGCCUUCGAGAACGUCCCCGACGAUGAGAAGGAUUGGCAUCCUGGCUCCGACAACCAGGUCCUCGACCUCGUUCAUCCGUCUCUCUGUCCCAUCAGCAUCGGCCAAACGUACUUUCGUUCAACUGAUCCCCAAGGAGGGGACCCCGUGCUUACCAUUCUCGACACCGACAAGUACCUUCAAGCACGUCCCGACCUCAAUGGCGAGGGCGGAAAGACCGUAUCGAAGUGGUAUCAAUGGCUGCCGACGGACUUCACCGUCUCCACCACCGGCGAAGUCGCCGCACUCGGGUACAUCAACAACGCGCACCCGUCGUGGCACCGCGCUUUGUACCCCGCGGUCACGUCUAUCAUCGCGCGCUUCAUACCCAUGUUCGAACGCGUCCUCUCCGACGUCAUCUCCGCUGCGGCUGUGAUGGAGGUGCCAGGCCGGUUUCCGUACGAAUGGUACGACGGCCUCGAGGUCGAGUCGCCAAAGUGGGAGUCGAACGCCCCCGACAACGACACCUUCGACGAGCGGUACGAGGAGUGGGAGCGCAAGCACAAGUGGCCGCGCAUCCCGAUCCCGGCGCCGUUCGCCGCCCCUGCCGCGACCGACGGGCGCGUCGAGUUCUCGCUCAAAGGGCGCACGGUCCAGGUGAUCGUCAAGCUCGCCAACAUCCACCUCACGCCCGACAAGCCCUCUUACCCCGGCGGGUCGUGGCACGUCGAGGGCAUGCUGAACGAGCGCAUCGUCGCGACGGGGAUCUACUACUACGCGAUGGAGAACGUCACCGAGAGCCAGCUCUCAUUCCGCCAGCGCGUCGGCGGCGGCGACUGGGGCACGGACCUCCCGUACGAGCAGGACGACCACAAGGGAUACCGCGUCGCGUACGGGCUCGGGCGCGAAGAGCCCCUGAACCAGGUGCUGGGCCACAUCGUCGCCACGGCGGACAAGUGCGUCGCGUUCCCGAACGUGUACCAGCACCACGUCGAUCCGUUCGAGCUCGAGGACAAGACGCGGGCGGGCCACCGGAAGAUCCUCGCGCUCUUCCUCGUCAACCCGGACGUCCGGAUCCUGUCGACGACGGACGUGCCGCCGCAGCAGCUCGAGUGGGCGAUGAAGGAGGCGGAGAAGGCGCCGGGGGUGCAGAGCCUGCCGCGGGAGCUGCUCGACAUGGUCGCUGGCUUCGCGACGGAGGAUGGGCUGAUGUCGCGGGAAGAGGCGGAGGAGCAUCGGGAGAGCCUGAUGGAGGAGAGGUCUGCGUUCGUCGACAGAGAGAACGAAGAAAGGUUCGCGCAGAAGUUCAGUAUGUGCGAGCAUUGA